AUGGUUCGGCUGGCGAGGUCGAAAAGUACGGUGUCUGUGAAGUCUGCUGUACUAAGCGUGAAGCUGCCUCAGCAUCUUCAAAACAGCAUGACUGAGAAAUCCUAUGUGAGUUCGUUUUACCUCAUUAGAGGUCACGGAUUACAAGUGUUCCGCGCUGCUUUGACAGCAACAAGCGCGAAUUCUCGUGGAAAAGCCCCGUAUUCCGGUCAGUUCCGCGGCAGGUCAGCUCACCUGCGCUCGCCACAGCCAGCAUUGGUCGUUCUGGACGUCUCAAGCCGUAUGCCAACUCUAUGGCACUUCGCUAAGUAUAUUAAUAUCCCGUACCGCAGCAAACUGACGGAGAAGAUCGAACCCGGACAGACGCUGAUUAUUCGAGGGAGAACUAGUGAGGAGGCAAAGAGGUUCAACAUAAACCUUCACAAAGACAGUCCAGACUUCAGUGGCAACGACGUUCCACUUCACGUGAGCGUUCGGUUCGAUGAGGGUAAACUCGUUUUCAACUCUUACACGAAAGGUGCUUGGGGUAAGGAAGAAAGACAGAAGAACCCGGUGAAGAAGGGUGAUGGAUUUGACAUUCGAAUUCGAGCACACGACAACAAAUUCACUGUCUCCAUCAACCGCAAAGAGGUGAAAUCGUUCGAACAUCGCAUUCCACUGCAGCACGUCACUCACCUAAGCAUCGACGGCGAUGUGGUGUUGAACCACGUGCAGUGGGGUGGCAAGUACUACCCAGUGCCGUAUGAAUCUGGCAUCGCUGAAAAUGGUCUCAUUCCUGGCAAAACUCUGGUCAUAUAUGGAACGCCAGAGAAAAAAGCGAAGAAGUUCAACAUAAAUCUACUAAAGAAGAAUGGUGACAUUGCGCUGCAUUUCAAUCCGCGUUUCGACGAGAAGGCAAAGGGUUUUAUCUGCGGCAAAAUCAAGCCUGGCUGUGUGAUCAGAAACUCCCUCGUGAACGGUGAAUGGGGUAACGAGGAGCGUGAGGGCAAGAACCCCUUUGAGAAGGGUGUCGGUUUUGACUUGGAAGUAAAGAAUGAGGAGUACGCCUUCCAGAUUUUCGUGAACGGCGAAAGGUUCGCCUCCUACGCGCACCGCAUCGACCCGCACGAAAUCGGUGGCUUGCAGAUCCACGGCGACGUGGAGCUGACCGGAAUCCAAAUUGUCGGCAACUAA